UUAUAUGUUUACCCGGAUAUUAUUAGUAAACUCAAGAAUACCAACAGAGCAAAACCUCAGUCUAGUUGGUGGAUUUAAAUUUGGAACGAUUCCACCUAUGAUCAAGAAAGUGUCUAAAAUAUUGAAAUCAAAUAGAUAUAUCUAGAUUAGUUAUUUAUUUAUCUUAAUAUGGCCCACGGCCAAACUUCCAGCUCGCCCAACCCUCAGGCUCAACGACAACGAAGGCAGAGUCGAGGACCAUCGGUUAUUCAGGAUAGAAUAAAUAAUACAUUGAGACGACGAAGAAAGAAACCAGAUUACAGUGCUGUGAAUCCUUUUGUCAAAUACGUUUUAUUCUUUACCAAUUUUAUUUUUAUUUUAGUUGGAAUAGCAUUUGCUGCUGUGGGAAUAUACAUCCUGUCCUUAAAGAACAAGACAGUGACAAGUUUCAUUGACUUCAUCUUUGAUCCUGCCUGUAUUCUUUGUCUUGCGGGUUGCAUCAUCCUGGCAGUUGCUUUCUUUGGUUGUGGUGGGGCGCUGAGAGAAUCAAGACUCUUCUUAAAAAUAUAUUACAUUAUUCUAAGCCUCCUGUUGUUAUUGGAGAUUUUGUUAGUCAUCUUCAUCUUUGUGUUUUACUUUGUUGAUGGAGCCUUUGCCAAAAUUGGUCUCUACCCAGAAGAAGCCUUUUCAGAUGCUGUUAAAAAAUACAGAGAUGACCCUGAUAUGCAAGGAUUUAUCGACAAUAUUCAAGAUUUGCUUUCUUGUUGUGGAGCAAGCAAUGAUGAUAAUGGUUAUUUAGAUUGGAACAAAAAUUCAUACUUCAACUGUAGUACUGGAAAUCCUAGUCCAGAAGCAUGCUCUGUGCCUUUUUCUUGCUGUAAAAUCAAACCGGGAGAAAAUAUUAACUACAGAUGUGGUGCUGAUAUGCUCAAGAAAGAUCAAGUGAACAUAUCUAGUAUAUAUGUGCAAGGUUGCUUCAAGGGCCUUCAAGAAGUUAUUAAAGAUAACAUAUGGAUUGUCGGUGGGACCAUCCUUGGAAUAUUUAUUCCACAGGCUUUCUUUAUUUGUCUGGCUAAAGCACUCAUUUCCCAAAUUGAAGAGCAGAUGGCCAAAUGGUGAACUAGUUCAAGAAACUGUACAAACUUGUAAUGAAAAAAAUUAUUUACCAACUUAUAUUUUGCUACUUAAGAUAUACAUGAAUACAUACAUGCAAUCAAUUGUUAUUGUGCAUUUAAAAAUCUUGUUACUUAUCACAUAAAUUACUUUACCUUUGUAUUGUAUUCUUCAUAAACUUUCUGUUAACUUUGUAAAUGCUUACUAUUAAAGAACUGAUAAUUUUUAUGUAUAUUUACUUAAUGAAUUGACUUUUAAACUGAAAACAAUAAUUGAAACUUAAGCCAAACAUUUUGUAUAAGUGUACAAUCUGUGAGAGAGAUCGAAAAUAUUAAAUAAAAUAGCCAAAGUUUUGUUUGUAUUUUUGACAUGAUGUGAAAUUUUUAAUGUUAGUAUAUGACCUAUUUGUCCAAUAUGGUGUAUAAGAACAAUGUUGGUUUAGGUACUUAGGUCCAUGAAUUGUUUAUGCAUGUUUUAGUGUUAGCUUUCCAUUUUUUUGUAACUCUUUUUAUUUUAUUAUAAAUUACAAACAUUUUUUAAAAAGAAAAGAUAAUUAUUCUUAAUAGAAAUCUUAAACUAUAAAAGCCAAAAUCCUUACUGAUUUAAUUCUCCCACAUUGAGAUUAUCUAACAAUAUUAAUCUUGGCUUAGAAAAUCUGUAUAACAGAUUUGGAAAAAUCUAACCAUUUUUUAGAGGAUAUCAGAAAUGCUUUUAUGUUCAGUUUGUAAGUUGAAAAUGUCUUCCUAUAGAGACAUCAUUCAUGUAGAGUAACUCUGAUGAAAUAAACUUGCUUAUUCUUCUUGUGCACUGUUAAAGUGUAAUUUUAUCUUGGGACUAUUCUAAAAGGCAGGAGCAUUUCCUCUUUGAUUGUGAAUUGACGUUUGAGGCUGGACUAUUUGAGGCACCUAGACCUUGACUAGACAAGUUUUUUAAAAGAUUGUUUAUCCUUCACAGUCAUCCUACCCAACACUUAAAAAGGCUGUAGUGUUUGAGCAAUAGUUUGCAUUGAUUCAAGUUUGUAAGUUGUAGAAUGAAUUUGGAUGUUUAUCUUCUAAAACAAGAAAUAUUUUUUUUUAUUUUAAAGGAAUCCUGCUGUAUGUUAAAUUUAAAUUAAUAAUUCAGCAAAAUAUUGUGUACUUUUUUAUCUAUUUAUCUUUGCAUCAUAUCCUAAUAGAUUAACCAGCACUAUUUAAUUAAAUGAUAAUAACUCAAGUCUUGUGAAAUAUAAAGAAACAAACAAGCUAUAAAAAUGUAUAUUUUAAAUAAAAUGUUUUUAUGUUUGCAUUUUUUUAAAUAUUUUUUUUACAAUACAGCUUUUUGCUGAAUCCAGAAAAAAAAUGUUCUUCAAUCAUAAUUUUUGUUCUCCCUGUAGGUGUACUAGUUAUAUAUUAAUUAUGAAUCACAUCUUUCAGUGAAGAUUACAGUCAUAUCUUGGUCUUUUGAGCAUCACUUGACUAAUUAAUUCAUUUUAAAAAUCUGUUGCAUGUUAUAACUGUGAGUAGACUAAACUUUAUUAUAAUAUAAUAUAAUGCUGAGUCUUCCAAAUAUUACUAGGUUGUGAUAUAUCCAUGUUUGGUUUUAUUGCUGAAAGAAGAAAAUUCUAUUAAUUGUAUACAAAUCUCUAAUCUUAUAAUAACCAGUUCAUUGUAGCUGUAUAAUGAUGUACACAGAUUUUUUAAAAUGGGUUUUAUGUUCACCAUUUGUUUAUGUUUUUUUUUCUCUGGACAAAAAAUCUUUGUUCAAUAUGAUAACUUAUUUUGUUAACUAUUCAAGAACUUGUUUGAUAUAAAACUUUCUCUGUAUUGUUAAAUCAAAAUAUUUAGUCAAAUAUUUCCAUGUUUUUUGACAAUGCACUUUAAUCCUCUGCUGGGACACUUGGUCCGUACAUUCCAAUAUAAUUGGCUGUAUCAGCUGUAAUGAAUUGACUUUUGUAAAUUUACAUAUCUCUUUCAGUCAAACCUAAAUGUACAUUCACUUAAAAAAAAAAGUAUAAAUAUUAAUGUAAUUCCAAUAAGUCAUUUAGUAUUUUUCUUAAAUGUUGUUUGGAAUUGGU